GGCGAAGCUGGACCCUCAUUUUCUCGGUACCUUCUUGAGAAUCAGCCUUCGCACAAGCUUUCGGACGAAGAAAUGGCCUAUCUCGCCGGUUCGCUCUUUGGCGCCGGUUCAGACACGACUGCUGUUGCUAUUAUGGUCGUCGUCAUGGCUGCUGCAUGCUAUCCCAAGGCGCAGGAGAAAGUUCAAGAGGAACUGGAUACCGUCGUUGGUCGUGACAGGGCUCCCACGUUGGACGACUACGAUUCCCUUCCUCAGGUAGAGGCGUUCAUGCUGGAAUGUCUUCGCUGGAGGCCCGUGACAACCCUUGGAUUCGCCCACCGUGCCUUGACCGACAUCGUAUACAAUGGCAUGUGUAUACCAGAAGGCGCAAUCGUAUUUGGCAACCACUGGGCUAUCUCGCGCGACCCGAAGGUCUAUCCCAACCCUGACAAAUUCGAUCCCGAGAGAUGGCUCGACGGCGAAGGCAAAAUCCGGGAAGACCUCAAGUUCCCUUCAUACGGUUUCGGACGCAGAAUCUGCCCUGGUAGACACAUCGCGAAUCGUUCGAUCUUUAUCAACCUCGUGCUCCUCUUGUGGUCGUUUAAGCUCUCGGAAGACCCGGAGAAGCCUAUUGACCAAUCGGGCUUUGUGGAUGGCGUGAUUGCGCACCCAAAACCAUUCGCUGUGCGUUUCCAGCCGCGGCUUGGAGAUGAGGCGUCGUUGAGGGCCGUGAUGGCCAGGUAUGGAGAGGGGUUGUAG